GAGCUUUUAAAACAAAACAAAAAGGUUGAGCUCCUCCCUGGGAGGGUCUGAGUGGGUUGCCUGGGUGGGGCAGACAUCCUUGUUUAACAGGCUAUGCAGGCAGGCCAGAUGGGCAGUCUAGAGUUGAGGAUUACAGAUCCACAGGACUGCAGUGAGUAGUGAAGGAACAGUUGGAACCAGCAGAGGGCACCAAGUUAGUUCCUGCCCCUGUAGUGAUUUAUAGUGUGAAAGGGAAAAGAAGAGGAAGGGGCACUGACUGAGGGUAGUGUGGACAGCCCCACCCCCACCCUGGCAGAGCAAACCACAGCUGAACUGAUAGUGACUUCUCGCCAACCAUAGUAAGUGAAGCAGUUCCCCAGCCGAGACUCUUCCUCCUAAGCUGAACUGCAGCUGUCUGAACAGGAGUGGCCAGUCUCAGGGCUCUCUCUCUGGCUGUCCCUCCUUACCGUCUUGGUGUGGAACCUGUAAACUCUUAAGCAGAUUUGCAGCCAAUCCCCCCAGUACUCUGAUUACCACAAAUACUUCAAAAACCUGUCCUCUCCACCACCUUAGAGCCUUGUCUCAGCCUCUGCCCAGCAGCUCUGAAUCACAGAAACUCUCUGGAGCCGCAGGUGUCUUUUUGAGCCCAAGGUAGAAUGGGAUUUACUAGAGCCUUUUGACAUUUCUCCAGCAGAGUGGCAAAAAAGAAGACACAAACAUGGCAGGCAUACAGAGCAAUCUGUUAUGGAGCAGACAUCUGUUCAAAGCUGUCCUGAUGGUCCUAGUGGCCUUUCUCCUCAUCCAGUCCUCAUCAGCCCAGUCUCAUCGAGAGUUUGGCUCACCUGGCCCACAGAAGAAGGAGGCCUCAGCUGAUAUUUUGACCCAGAUUGGCCGAUCUCUGAAGGAAACAUUGGAUACCUGGCUGGGACCAGAGACCAUGCAUGUGAUUUCAGAGACCCUGUUGCAGGUGAUGUGGGCCAUCUCAUCAGCCAUCUCUGUGGCCUGCUUUGCCCUGUCUGGGAUUGCUGCCCAGUUGCUGAGUGCCCUGGGGCUGGAUGGUGAACAACUCACCCAGGGCUUGAAGCUCAGCCCUAGCCAAGUCCAGACCCUUCUACUGUGGGGAGCAGCAGCACUGGUCAUCUAUUGGUUGCUGUCGCUGCUCCUAGGCUUGGUCUUGGCCUUGCUAGGACGGAUCCUGGGGGGUUUGAAGCUUGUCCUCUUUGUGGCUGGCUUUGUGGGCUUGGUGAGGUCGGUGCCUGACCCAUCUACCCGGGCCUUGAUGCUCUUGGCCUUGUUAACUCUCUUUGCCUUGCUGAGUCGGCUCACUGGCUCCAGGAGCUCAGGGAGCCACCUGGAAGCCAAGGUGAGAGGGCUGGAGCGCCAGAUAGAAGAGCUUCGAGGGAGGCAGAGGCGAGCAGCCAAGAUUCCCAGGAGCAUGGAGGAAGAAUGACAAGGGUGUCCCAAAGUGACACCCUCACCAUACCAAAGAGCUGAGCUGCUUCUGGGUCUCAAUGGCCCUCCUUGCAGCCCCCUGCCCUUUCCUUGCCUUGUGUCUGGAACCCUUCACACCUUUUCCCCUGCACUAGCCCCUAGCUGAGAGAAGAGAACUUGUCCUCUGCCAGUGCUCAGUUAAGGGACAGCUCCCUGCCCUUUCUCUGCUCCUAGCCUGCCUCCCCCAGGGCAGGUUGGAGCCCUCAGCCCUGGCUUCUGCUCUCAGCCAGCACCACUGCCAUUGAUCUCCGUGAUGAUUAACCUGCUGCUGCCCGGCUUUCUUACAAAAGGCCUUCCCAGGCUGAAG